AUGUGGCUGCUGCCGCCGAUCGCGCAGCAGAUUCUGCACUACCUCGACGACACCGAUGACGCGCUCGCUUUUCUUGCUGCGGCGCCCAAUGACAGACUCGAUGACGCGCUCGACGCGCUCCGGACGCUCUUGGCCAUGGACCCGGAGCUGCCACUCUGGCCCACGGCCGACAUUGCCAGUCUCGAGGCUGCCUACAACGUCAGUCCCAGCGUCGUCGCGAAGGCGCUUCCGCUGUUCAAGAAGGUUCAAUUCGGCUACUGCACGAACGCUGCGCUGAGCAUUUGCCGCAACACAGAGCUGCCACCGACGACAGCCGUGAGCACCUGCGUCAAUCACAACCCAAACAGCGUCCGCGCAGCCCUCGGCAACUGGCUUCCCAACCUUGAGGAGCUUAAAGUCGUGAGCUCCUAUGUCCUGGAUUUUGCACCCAUCGCCGAGAACAACCUCUCGGAGUGCCAUCGUCUCCGUGCAUUGACUUUUGACCAGUACAAGAGGCUUAGCCAAGGCACGUUUGACCAUGCGCUGGCUGCUGUCGUCGCAAGGUGCCCUCAAGUCGAGCGCUUCUGCUUUGGUUCGUGCAGUCUCUUGAGCAUGUCGGACUGCAAGACGCUCCUCGCAUGGCUGGCGCUGCCGACCGCGCGCCAUCUCAAGCUGGAUCUAACCGACUUUCGCGAUGAACUCGGCGCAGAGCUGGCGAUGACCAUGCUCACGUCGAGUACGCUCGAGACAAUCGAUUUGUCUGAAAUCCCGGGCUUCACGCGCGCGAUUUUGAGUCCAUCGUCGCCGCCGCUGCCUCGGCAACUGCGUCACUUGGGGAUCUGCGACUACUUGAUGUGCGACAGCUACGAUGCCAUUGAAGAGCAGGAAAAUGCAAUCACGGACCCACCGCCAGCGCUUGACGAAGCCGACAUGGCCAACCUCGCCGCCAAGAUUGCGACCUCGCGCCUCGAAAGCUUGGAGUUGCGGCUGGAAACCCGCUGCGACGCCACGGCGGUCAUCUCCGUCUUGCCGCAGCUACCGACGCUGACCAAACUCGUGCUCCAGGAUGUCCAUCUGACCUCAUUUCCGCCUUUGGUGCAGCUUUUGCAUCUCAAGCUAACUUGGUCGACAUUCUCGGACGAGGCCGUCGCGUCGCUCGCAACGCUGCUCUUCCAGACCACCAAGCCCAAGUGA